CCCCUUCACCCCGCAGGAGAUGGGCGAGUGGUUCCAGGCCGGGUACUUCCCCAUGGCGCUGCUGGUGAAACGCGGCUGCGACGAGGGGUUCCAGCCCCUGGGCGACGUCAUCAAGAUGUGGGGGCGCGUCCCCUUCGCCCCCGGGCCCUCCCCGCCCCCCCUGCUGACCCCCCCCCCCGGCCCCCCCCAGACCCCCCCGGCCCAGGAGCGGCUGAAGCAGCAGCAGGACCUGGCGGCCCUUUACCAGCAGCUCCAGCACCAGCAAUUCCUGCAGCUCCUCGGCCGGCAGCCGCUGGGCCCCUGCCCCCCCCCCCAAAAAACAGGGGAGCUGACGCCGCAGCAGCUGGGGGCUCUGCUGCAGCAACUGCAGGUGCUGAAACCAAGGCAGGGGGAACCCAACCUGCUGCGGUCGCUGUCGCUGCCGGAGGCGACGCCGCUCUGGGACCCCUCGCAGGCCCCCGGCAGCGAUUCGGCGCUGUGGGAGCUGCCCCUCGGCUCCCCCCCCCCGAGCCCCAUCCUGGAGCAGCUGCAGCUGCAGCACAAGCUGCAGGAGCUCCGAGCCCGGCGGGAGGAAGACGACCAGCGGAAACGGCGGCAGGAGGAAGAGCUGCGGCGCAAGCAGUGCCGGCAGCAGGAGACGCUGCUGAAGCUGCUGCAGCAGAGCGGGGUUCCCAGGGGGGGUCCCCAAAACUGGACCCUGCCCAAGACCCCCCCCGGCCCAGACGGCGAGUGGCCCCCCCCCAAGGCGCAGCGGGGACCCCGGGCCGUGGGGGCCCUGUGGGGGCCGGAGCUGUGGCCCCCCCCCGAGAAGAGCCCCCCGGCCUGGGAGGAGAGCGGGGCUGGGGGGGGGCUCCUGCGCGGUGGGGGGGGCGGCAAGGGCGGCCGGGGUGGCCCCCCCCCGGGGCCGAGUGGGCGUGGCCCGGAGGAGGCGGCGCUGCUGAAGCUGCUGCGGGGGCUGCCCCGCCCCCCCCCCGACGCCCUCGCCCAUUGGUGCCAGGCGGCGCUGCAGGCGCUGGGGGGGGGCACCGGUACGGGGGGGGGGGCCAGCCCCUCCCCCCGUGGAGGCCUGGCCCCGCCCCCCCACGGACCCGCCCGAGGCUCAGCCCUUCCCCCGCCCGCUGAUGGAGCGACGGGGCCGCCCCCCGGCCCCCCCCCGCGGCCCCCAGGAAGCGUGGUUGGGGGCAGGGCUGCUGCCUGUGCCCCCCUUCGGCCCUGGGGCAAAGCCCCCCCCCACGGAGGGGCCCGUGGGGGGGAGGGGGAAAUCGCGCCCCCCCCUGCUGCUGCUGCACAGCGACCCCAGCAUCCUGGGCUACUCGCUGCAUGGCCCCGGGGGUGAGGUGGAGACAGUGGAGGAGUACUGAGCCCCACGGCCGCCCCACGGCCGCCCCACGGGCCACCGCCCCGGCGCCCCACCAAGCACCUUAUGGCCGACACGACCGACCCAGCUGCACUUUAGCGCCAGAGCUGCCCCACGGCGCCGCCCCACAAGCCGGAGCCCCACAGCCGGGUCAGGGCUGCCCCACAGAAAGGGGUCUUGGAGCUGCCCCAUGGAUGGAGCCGCAGCCGCUGCCCCACGGACAAACACCGGCCCCACGGCGAGACAGGACGGAGCCACCCCAUAGGGACUGGAGCUGCCCCACGGACACCGGAGCUGCCCCACGGCGGAGCUGGACUCGUUGCACAAGGGCCCCCCUGCAGCCCCCCAAGUCCCCCCUGCAGCCCCCCAAGUCCCCCCUCCCCAGGGCCGUGUUUACAGCCCCCCCCCCCCCCGGGGGCAGCCAGGCCCCGCCCACUCCCCGCUGAACCACGCCCCCUCCGCCUGGCCACACCCCUUCACUGGGCCCCGCCCCCCGCCGGAGCCCCGCCCCCUUUUGUCGUGUGUUGCUGGGGGGGGGAGGAGCAGCUGUGAUUUGGGGGGGAAUUUGUGCGGUUUUGGUAAUUUUUUUUCAUUUUUUUAAGGGAAAGACGGGUUGGUGCCACCCCUCCCCCCUCAGCAUGUGCCACCCCUCCCCCCCCCCCCAAAUCAGCGAUUUUGGGGUUUUUUAACGCGGAAAAAGUGCUGCCCUCCCCUCCCCCCCCCCCCCAGCAAUACAGACGGAGCCCCCUUGCCCCUACCCCCACCCACGUGCCAACCCCUCCCCCACCGGGGGCGGCGCUGUUGAAUGUAAAGGGAGGGAGGAAAGCCCCUCCCCCAACCCCUCCCCCACCCUGGGCCGCCAGCCUCUACCUCCCGCGGGGGGGUGGGGGGGUGUCGGGGGUCGGUGCCCGGCUUCCCCCCCCCUCCCCCCCUUCCUACUGAGAGUGGCAAAAUGUUUACAGGCCCCUCCCCCACCCGGGGCCCCUCCCCCACCCCCGGAUCCCCUGUGAAUAGUCCCUGUACGUACCCCCCCCCCCCCAAUAAAGACCUCGGUGCAGCCGCGUGGGAUUCG